UCGUCGUCGUUGUUGUUGUUGUGACGGUGGCACUACGGGCCCGACGGACCGAGAGGAAGACCGACAGGCCAGCCCCUCCCUUCCUUCCUUCCCCCGCCCGCCCGCACCGGCGCCAUGAAGUGGAUGUUCAAGGAGGACCACGCGCUGGAGCACCGCUGCGUGGAGUCCGCCAAGAUCCGGGCCAAGUACCCUGACCGCGUCCCGGUGAUUGUUGAAAAGGUCUCAGGCUCUCAGAUUGUGGACAUUGACAAGCGGAAGUAUCUGGUUCCAUCUGACAUAACUGUGGCUCAGUUUAUGUGGAUCAUCCGGAAGAGGAUUCAACUGCCAUCUGAGAAGGCAAUAUUCCUCUUUGUAGACAAGACUGUCCCGCAAUCCAGCCUGACAAUGGGACAGCUUUACGAGAAGGAGAAGGACGAGGAUGGCUUCCUGUAUGUGGCCUAUAGUGGAGAAAACACCUUUGGCAUCUGAUUGCAUCUCCUUCCCUCUUGUGUCUUGUAAAUAGCCUCUUGUUUGUGAUCAUGACCCCGGGGCACAUCCUGCAUCUGUCACUGGGUUGAUUUAAUAUAUGGAUAGAUUUUUGUUAGCCUGGUAAUUUAUGAAAGUUUUAUUUCCCCAUUGCACAUUGUACUCAUAGCUGUAAAUUCCAUAGUCUCUCUCCUCUGGGACACAUAUACUGACGUUAUUUAAAUACUGAAGCAAGGUAGUUGAGGGAUUAAAGUGAGGGGGGAGGGGGAUUUUGCAAUGAAGGUUUGACUAAUUAUUAAUUAUUACAGUUUCAUAGUAAGGGCGCUUCUAGAUUGUUACAAACAGUCUCAAGAUGCUAAUAUGUUGAUUUUGGCUAGUGUCUUCCUCUUGAUGAAUUUUGCUAGAGGAAACUGAUUAAAAUUCCUCUCACAAA